GUAUGUGUGUGAUUGAGUGUUUCAGUGUGUCUGACACAGAGCCUCACAUUAGACCAUCAUGUGGAUCUAAUGCCUUUUCUCUGUAACUCCGAAUUAACUGGAAUCAUGAAGAUGUCUAUGUGGAGAUGUGUGCGAGAAAUCUAUGUCCUCCUUCAUCUGACAGCCUGUGUGGCAGGGAUGACGGGGAGGUGCAGCCUGUUCGGACGACACCAUGUUCACACGUUUGAUGGAGUUUUGUAUGAGUUUCCUGGAGACUGCAGUUAUCUGCUGGCUGGGGACUGCAGCCAUCGCGCCUUCACACUCCUGGGUGAUUUUGUCAAUGGCAGAAGAACAGGAGUCACACUGUAUCUGGGAGACGCCUUUGAGUUGCACCUGUCCGUCAAUGGCCAGCUCACACAAGGAGAUCAAAGAUUAUCUCUGCCCUAUGCAUCUCACGCUGUGUUUGUGGGCUCUGAGCUGGGCUUUUACAAGCUAUGGAGUGAGGAGUUUGGCUUCAGCAUCACCAUUGAUAAUUCAGCCAACAUCGCUCUGACACUGACCAAGCACCACAGAAACCGCACCUGUGGCCUCUGUGGAAACUUCAACUCUGUGCCAGCUGACGAAUACACUGCUCAAGAGGGUUUUCUAACAGAGAACAGUUAUGACUUUGCAAAUUCGUGGGUGGUUAAGGGUGCUGAGCAGUCAUGCCAACGUAUCUCAAAGCCCAGCCAAACCUGUAACGACACCAAACAGACUCCAGAGAUCAUGUCCAGCUGCAGCAUGUUGCAGACCUCCAGCGUUUUCCUGCACUGUGCCCACGUGGUCGCUCCCGAGGCAUUCCUGUUGCUGUGUCAGGAGGAGGCGUGUCACUGUGACCGGAAGGGCGGGGAAGACUGCUACUGUCCAAUCCUGCUGGAGUACGCCCGCACAUGCCACGCCCAUGGAAUACUUCUGCAAGGCUGGCAGGAGGAGAGCCAGUGCUUCCCCAAGUGUCCUAUUGGAAUGCAGUACAGUGAAUGCACCAGGUCCUGCUCCACAACCUGUCAUAGUCUCAACAUCCAGGAGGUCUGCAAGGAGGAGUGUGUGGAUGGCUGCACAUGCCCUGUGGGUAAAGUUCUAGACGGCAAUCGCUGUGUGGAGGUUUCUCAGUGUUCCUGUGUACACAUGGGACGACACUUCCCUCCAGGAUCCACUAUCUCUCAGGACUGCAAUACCUGUGUGUGUCGUGACGGUUCAUGGGAAUGCACCAAUGAAGGCUGCCCUGGUGAGUGUCUCGUGGUGGGACAGUCUCACUUCAAGACAUUUGACAACAAGUUUUUCACCUUCACCGGCCACUGUCAGUAUCUGCUGGCAAGAGACUGCACUGACAGUGGGUUUUCUGUCAUUAUUGAGAAUAUACAGUGUGCAGAUGAUCAGGACGCUGUGUGCACACGCUCAGUGACGCUCAACCUGCCAACUCUGGAAGACAUGACAGUGAAGCUGAAGCAUGGGGGAGUUGUCUCUGUCAACAGCAUGGACAUCCAGACCCCACUGCGUCAUGGCCGUCUGCAUAUCCAGAGAUCUGUCCAGGCAUCAGUACGUGUCAAGUUUGGAGACGACCUUCGUCUAGACUGGGACGGGCGGGGCAGGGUGCUGUUAAAGCUGGGACCGAGAUGGGCGGGUCAGACCUGUGGUCUCUGUGGUAACUUCAAUGGUAACCAAGGAGACGACUUCUUGUCUACUUCUGGACUGGUGGAGGCGGGUCCUCAGGCGUUUGGGCAGUCAUGGAGGAUCAAUGGAAAUUGUGAAUCCAUGUCCAGACAUGAGCAUGAUGCGUGUGCCUCUAACCCCAAGAGAGUGCACUUUGCAGAGGAGGCGUGUGCGACGAUAAUGUCUGACGUGUUCACUCCAUGCCACUUCCUGGUGAACCCUGCUCACUUCCAGCGAUUCUGUCGCUACGACGUGUGUGCGUGUGAGGACGGAGCGGAGUGUCUCUGCUCUGCUCUGUCUGCCUAUGCUGCUGCCUGUGCUGCAAAAGGAGUGUUGCUCAACUGGAGGUCUCCUUCACUCUGUGCACUGGAAUGCUCUGAGGGUCAGGUGUACGAGGCCUGCGGGAGUUUGUGUGACCGGACGUGCCGCGCUCUGUCCGGCGCUGAGGCUGACUGUGACAGCGAGAGGCUGUGUGAGGAAGGCUGUUUCUGCCCCACUGGAAAAUACCUGAGCGACACUGGAGCGUGUGUGACCACGGACGAAUGCACCUGCCUGCACAAUGGACAGCUCUACCAGCCCAGUGACGUCUACGCGGAUCAAAACAGUAUUUGCUACUGUGAGAACGGCUUCAUGCGCUGCACCUCCACUGAAACCAGUAACCUGCUGUCUGACCUCUUCUAUGAUGAUGACCUUGCCCCUUCCAGAGAUCGACGGUCAGCCCAGUGUCCUCCUCCAUUGACGCGUGGCGAGUGUAAUGCUGGAGAAAAAGGCUUGGAGUGUGCCCGGACCUGUCAGAACCUGGAUCUGCCCUGCGUCAGCCUCGCCUGCAUCCCUGGAUGCCUCUGUCCUCCCGGCACGGUCCGUCAUCACAGAGACUGCAUUGCACCAGAGCGCUGUCCCUGUUACCAUAACAACAGGCCAUAUGCUUCAGGACAGACCAUUUCUGUGGACUGCAACACCUGUGUAUGUGAGAACAGAAGGUGGCGCUGCACAGAGAAGCUGUGUGAUGGCGUGUGCCACACUCUGGGGGAGGGGCAUUACAUCACAUUUGAUGGCUUCAAGUACUCCUUCCCUGGCCUCUGCCAAUAUGUCCUGGUUCAGGAUAUGUGUAAUGGAGAAGAGGGUUCGUUCAGAGUGCUGGUGGAGAAUGAAGCCUGUGGAAUUGUGGGACAUCGCUGCGCUAAAGCUAUCACAGUCUUCUACCACGGCGGCUUGAUUGUUCUCCAACAUGGAGAGGUGAAGAUGAAGAGGCCGGUUCUGCAGGGCUCACAGGUGGAGAUUGUUCGAUCUGGUCAGUUUUACACUCUGCUGCUGGGGAAACACAUCUCUCUCAGCUGGGACCAGGGAACCCGUGUCAUGGUCCACAUCUCAGCCUCGUACAGGGGCCGGGUGUGUGGUUUGUGUGGCAACUUUGAUGGAAACGUCAACAAUGACUUGAUCAGCAGUAACAACCAGCUGGAAGUGGACCCACCGCACUUUGGAAAUUCCUGGAAAGUCGUUCCCAGUUGUGCUGAUGUCACUCAGAUACCAGCUCCAUGCAGCGACAACGUCGUCAAGUUAGUAACGGUGGAGCAGUCGUGCCGUGUCCUCACUGGCCCUCUGUUUAGAGAAUGCAACAGCCAGGUGGAUGCAGAGCCAUAUGUGGACAUGUGUGUGGAGGCAGCAUGCUCUUGUUCGUCGGUGGGCGACUGUGCGUGUUUCUGUGAUGUCAUUGCAGCGUACGCUCAAGUCUGCUCACAGAGCGGCGUAUCUGUCACCUGGCGAUCCAACGACCUUUGCCCCAUGAGCUGUGAGGAGCUAAACCCCAGGAACCCAAGCACAGGAGAGGAGUUAUGUCAGUGGAGGUAUAACGCUUGUGGCCCUGCCUGUCCAAUCACCUGUCAACAUCCAGAUCCACUCCAGUGUUCACUCACAUGUGUGGAAGGCUGUCAUCCUUCCUGCCCCCCAGGCCAACUACUGGACGAAGUGGCUCUGCGUUGUGUAGCGCCCUCUCAGUGUCAGGUGUGUAUCCAUGAGGGUCAGAGAAUCUCCCAUGGCAACAAGGUCAUCCUCAACCACAAUAACCCAGAGUACUGCAAGAUAUGUCAUUGUGACAACAACACCCUCACAUGUGACCCAUGCACCUCCCUCAAUGCCAUCACCACUCUGGCACCAACGCCCUCCUAUGCCUCGUUCACAACCCUGCCCUUCACCACCUUGAUGCCGGAGGGCACGUGUGACCGUGCCAUGGAUCUGGCGUUCCUGUUGGACGGUUCAGCAGCUCUGAGCAAGGAAGAAUUCCAGCAAACCAAAGAGUUCAUACUGGGAGUGAUUGAACGGUUCCGCAUGGGCUCGGCUCACACUCGAGCCACAGUUCUGCUUUACCAUUCUGGAGUGAAAACAUACGACCUGCAGGUUCAGAAGUGGCUGUUCAAGAAGACUGUGCAUGAGCUGCAUUACACCGGAGGUGAUGCAGCUUUUUUGGACGAGGCUGUUAAGUAUUUGGUCAUCAACAUCUACGAUAAGAACAAGCGGCCGAAUGCCGGCCGAGUCGCGAUCAUCUUGACUGCCAGCAGCAACCCUCGCCCUGUUCGCUCCAUCGUCAAGAUGCUUCGCAAGAAAUCCAUCACCACGUUGACUGUGGCGCUGAGUCCUGGUGUGAACAUGGGGCAGAUUAAUGACAUCACCAAGACCAGCCCUGAAAACAGAGCGUACGUGCUGAGCAGCACAGCCGAGCUCUCCGAUCGUCUGUUGGACUUAACAGAUUACCUCUGCACCUUGGGGAUGGAGCCUGAGGUGCUGAACACUCAGCCCACUGUGGGUAAAGCUCGGCAGACCACGACAACCACAGCCCAGACUCCUCCUAUGGGGCCAAAUCCCACACUACACAUUACCAGCACACCUACACCUGCUACACCUUCUACCGCGUCUCCUUUUACCACCUCGCCGUCCUCCUCUCUGCCUGUCAAAGACGUCACAUUCAUACUGGAGGGCUCUGAUUCAGUCGGCGACGUGAACUUUAAUAAGUCACUCAUCUUCCUGAAUGAAGUUGUUUCGCAAUUAACAGAAAAGGAGGAGGUCAUCCGCAUCACUGUGAUCCAGUAUUCCGUCACGGUCACCGUGGAGAUCAGUCGGUGGGAGUUGAGGAGACAGAAGACACUGCUGCUGGACAGGUUGAGACAGAUUCGUUGGAGGGGUGGAAGUAAGACGAACACAGGCCUGGCCGUCACUACGACUUUAGAGGAAACCAUUGUCACUCAGCCUUCACGAGGCCCCACCCAUCCUCAGCUUGUUUUUCUUGUGACGGAGAACCCACCCACUGACACAGUGACCCGUCCUCCAUCUUCCACCAGUCACACACAAGUGUAUCCUAUUGGAGUUGGAACAAAAGUGCGUGAGACUGACCUGUUGCCAUUCAGCUUCCCUCGACGCCCAGUGAUGGUGGAGGACUACAACAGGCUGACGACCAUAGUUCCUCAUGUAGUCAAUAUCACACGGACCGCAGUUUGGCUCCGCUCCCCAACAAUAACACCACUGGUCUCCCCCACGCUCUCCAGCCUGCCACCCUCAGUGCCGUGUAAGAAGCCCGUGGAUGUGUUGUUCCUGUUGAAGGCUGGAAACCAGUGUGAGGACAUGAAAACGUUCGUCCAAGCCUUCAUCAAGAAAGCCGACAUAGGACUGAACAGCACUCAGGUGAGUGUGGUUCAGUAUGGAGUCACCAACAAGGCAAAGUUCACCUGGAAGGAUGAGCAGAGCAAAUCACACCUACUGGACCUGGUUGAGAGCAUUCAGAGCGGGACCAGUGCUGCUCCUGCACUAGGGUCUGCACUGAGGUUUGCCGUGCAGUUGUCCAUCUCAUCAGUCAGUGGAGGAAGACUGGGUGUGGCCAAGGCUGUGGUGAUGCUGGUGACAGACAAAUCAGCCGAUGAUGUCACAGAGGCAGUUAAUGAAGCACUGGCAGCAGGUGUGUCAGUGUUCCCCAUUGGUGUGGGGCCCCACUAUGACAGGAAUGAGCUUGGUUUGCUUGGACGCCAUGGCAACCAAGACAACACCUUGCACUUAAACAGCAUGGAUCAAUUACGGAUGUUGCUGACUCUGGACCACGGUUUCACAGAGAGGAUCUGCAGAGCCGGUCCACCAGGAGCGUGUGUCGACGACAAUGGAAAUGAGAGAAAACCCGGUGAGUCAUGGUUACUGGAGGAUGGCUGCCACUCUCUUCUGUGCCAUCCUAGUGGGGCAGUGACGGUGCAGAAUCACAAAGUCAGCUGUGACAGACUGGAACCACCAGCCUGCAGAAACAACAUCCCACCUAUCAGAGUCCAGGAGACCUGCGGCUGCCACUGGGAAUGUCCAUGCAUGUGCAUGGGCAGCUCCACCAACCAUGUGGUGAGGUUUGAUGGCUUGGCACUCAGGCUGGAUGGGGAGGGCCGGUGCUCCUACACACUGCUCACUGUUAGCAGAGGCACCAGCAAGGGGUCAGAGGUCAAACUUCACAGUGGACCUUGUCAGAACCCAGAGAGUUACAACCAGGUCUGCAUGAAAGUCAUGGAAGUGAUUCAUGGCUCACAUACGCUGCUGCUGAAGGAUGACAUGACGGCAGUGAUUGACGAGGAGGAGCUGGCGCUGCCGUGGAGAUACAACGGCCUGGAGCUGGUGCGUUAUGGAGGAGUGAUGCUGCAGCUGAAAUCAGACCACGGUUACGUCCUGACUUUCACUCCACAGAGCAACGAGUUCACCAUCACACUGCCGAGCUCCUCCACCACCAGCCACACUGCUGGACUCUGUGGUGCGUGUGGCGAGGAGCAGGUUAAUGUCCUCUCUUUACGUAACAGCAGUACAACCACAGACCAAGCAGCCUUCACCUCAGACUGGACCGUGGCUGUGGACGGCAGUGUUUGUCUGCCAAAGCGGAAGCUGGUAUGCUCGUCUGCGGUAACUAUGGGAUGUCAGGCCCUGCGUUUGGAGGCCUUCGAGCGUUGCCAUGCACACAUUCCCGUUCAGGUGUUCCUCGCCAAGUGUGAGGAGCAGGCGUGUGAGGAGUCAGACGUGUGUGAGCUCAUCUCUGCCUAUGCACGCCUGUGUAGACAGAGAGGCAUAUGUGUGAACUGGAGGAGUCCUCACCUCUGUCCAUUGUCGUGCCCCAGCUCCAUGGAGUAUGAAGCGUGUCGCACAGGUUGUGUGGAGGACUGUGGCAGCAUUCAGACACUGCGGGGUGACUUCUCAGUUGCCAGGGGUAACAACUCAUCCUGCAUGGACACACCCACUGAGGGCUGUUUCUGCACCGGAGGCACCAUUUUGCACAACGGACAGUGUGUAUUUCCGGAAGCGUGUAGGCAAUGUGUCGACCACCAUGGACACAAGUAUAGGUAUAUGCAGAGUUGGGUACCAGACGAGAGCCCAUGUUUGAUUUGCAUGUGUUUGGACCAACAACGCAUCAACUGCACUGCUCGGCCCUGCAAUGACGUCAGACCUCCAGUGUGUGGACCAUGUGAGAUCUUGAAGGAGGAUAGAGAAUCCAAGUGCUGCCCACAGUAUAAAUGUGUGUGUGAUCGGGUGAACUGCGAGCUGCCUGAGGCACCGCGCUGUGAGGACGGUCAGACCGCGGUUCUGAAAAACCCCGGGGAGUGUCAGCCCGUACACGAGUGUGUCUGCAAAAAAGAAGAGUGCCCUCUUCAAGCCCCGCCUGCUUGCCCCGCCCAUCGGCAACUGUCGGUGACAAAGACCAAAUGCUGCGAUGUGUUUGAGUGUGUGUGCAGCUGCACCAACUCCACCCGCACCUGUCCUUUAGGGUUCAUAACGUCCUCCUCGACCAACGACUGUAGCUGCACAGAGACCACCUGCCUGCCAGACAAGGUGUGCGUGGUCAGUGGGGUGGUCCACCCAGUGGGGAGUGAGUGGGAGGAAGGAUGUGAAAAGUGCAGCUGCACUCUGCUCCAGGACAAAGAGACAGACCUGCACAUCGCUCAGUGCACCCCGCCUGUCUGUGAUCGGACGUGUCCUCGGGGCUCCACAUACACUCCAUCCAAAGGGCAGUGCUGUGGGAAGUGCACUCCGACCAGCUGUGUGGAGUCAAAGGGAGAGAUGCGAGGAGACAUGCUGAUUGGUGGAAAUCUCAGACAUGUGGGUGAGGUGUGGCAGUCUCCACACGAUAGGUGUGUGCUGCACGAGUGUGUGAGAGUCAGAGACGAAGUGUUCAUAUCUGCAACCAACGUCAGCUGCUCUGCUGUGGACACUCCAUCCUGCCCACUGGGAACUGAAUUACGCUGUGACAUCAUCGACUGCUGCCCCCACUGCCACUGUGCUCCCAUGGAUGUGUGUGUCCUCAACAACACCGUGAUAGGAGCAGGCGAGAGGCUGAUGGUGGAUGUGUGCACACACUGUGUGUGCACAGUGGAAGACGGUGCAGUGAGGAAACACAGACUGUCCUGCAGGAGAAUCAGCUGUCCCGCUUGCCCCAUGGGAUACAGUUUGCAGAAGGAGGAGGACGCUUGCUGUGGUCACUGUGUUGCCACUGCCUGCUUCAUUUCAAAGCCAAAUGGAGAAGUAAUGAGUGUGCAGGUUAACAGCACUCAUGAGGAGGGCUGCAACUUGUAUACCUGUGGUGUAAACGGUAAAGGAGAUCUUGUACUGCAGACCAGAGUGACCACCUGUCCUCCUUUCAACCGUCAAACCUGUCUGGAUGAAGGCGGGAAAGUCAGUCAGAUUGGAACGACAUGCUGUGAGACGUGCACAGAGCCACCGUGUAGGAAGACAGUGGGGACACUGAACUACAUCAGAGUGGAUGACUGCCAAUCAGAGAACCAGAUAGAGAUGCACUACUGUGAGGGCAAAUGCCACAGCAAGUCCAUGUAUUCCCUGGAGAGAGCCGCUGUGGAGCAGGAGUGUGUGUGCUGUUCUGCUGUGGAGACAGAGCCCCUCAGCGUUCCUGUCCUGUGUGCCAACGGCACUCGGAGCCACCACACUGUCCUGUCAGUCAGUGCAUGUGACUGUCUGUCCAAACACUGCACCUAGAGGGACACUUUAUACAGUUUAUACACACUGAUGUGUAACCAUGUCAAAUGUACCUAUAUGACAACACAAAGCAACACAAAUGACAAUAAAACAAACCUGACAGUUUUUGUAAGCACUA